AUGACCGAAAGUUUCUACCCACCCAACAGCAGCUUCCAUUGCCCUCUCCCCCAGCCCCUGGCGUCCACCAACCUACCCGCCGUUUCUGUGCGUUCGACGACUUUAGAUACCUCCCCGCUGCUGGCCUGCGCGGCGUGGACGGCGGGCUGGGUGCUGGCGGCAGCGCUGCUGCUCCGCGCGCACCCGGGCGUCCUCUCGGAGCGCUGCACCGACGAGAAGAGCCGCCGCAUCCUGGCCGCGCUGUGCCGGGAGUACGAGGGCGGGGUGCUGGUGGGAGACCUCUGUGAGGACCUGUGCGUGGGGGAGAAGCUGCUGUACCAGCGCUGUUUGUACUACGAGAGGGGCAAGAAGGUGCUGCAGGCCGACUGGCGUGGCCGGCCCAUCAUCCUCAAGUCCAAGGAGGAGGCCUUCUCCAGCUUCCAGCCGCUCGCUCUGCUGCAGGACGCGGCCGACGAGGGCGGCCAGGACUUCCCCGAGGCAGAGCUGCUCCUGCUGGUGGCCGGCGAGGUCAAGAACGCCCUGGGCCUGGAGCUGUCGGGCGGCAGCCUGGGGCCGCUGUGGCCGGGGAGGCGCGGCCCUCGCUGGCGGGGCCAGCUAGCCAGCCUGUGGUCCCUGCUGCAGCAGGAGGAGUUCGUCCUCUUCAGCCUGCUGCAGGACCUGAGCCGGCACGCCCUGCCCGUGCUGGGCUCCUGUGGCCACUUCUACGCGGUGGAGUACCUGGCCGCCGGCAGCCCCCGCCACCGGGCCCUCUUCCCCCUUGACGGGGCCACGGGGGCCCCCCGGGGCGGCCGGGGCCAGGCCAAGGCCGUCAGCGACAUGGCGCUCAGCUUCCUGGACAUGGUGAGCCAUUUCGAGGACGACUUCUCUCACCGCCUCCAUCUCUGCGACGUCAAGCCUGAAAACUUUGCCAUCAGGAGUGACUUCACGGUGGUGGCCAUUGAUGUGGACAUGGCCUUUUUUGAACCUAAAAUGAGGGAAAUUCUCGAGCAGAACUGCACGGGAGAUGAAGACUGCAAUUUCUUCGACUGUUUCUCAAAGUGUGACUUGCGCGUCAAGAAGUGUGGAGCAGAAAGAGUCAACAGCAACCUGCAGGUCAUCUGUGACAAGAUAUUCCGCCACUGGUUCUCCUCGAGUCUCUGGAGCUCGGCCCUAUCCUUCCCGCUGCAGCGGCAGUUGCGGGAGGCGGUGCAGGAAUGCGCGGACCCCGGGCGCACCGCGCGCAGCCCCCGGAGAGCAGCCCCUGACGUGUUCUGGAAGCUUCGGCGCCUCCUCCGAGAGACGCAGAGGAAACUGCAGGAGGCAGAGAAGUAG